AUGCAUUGGAGGAGAAGAUUCAAGGAUUUCCAGGACAAGCCUCCCCCGCCCCCUCCCCGCCCAGAGUCCCCAGGUCGUGCCUUUCCCAGUAGUAUCUUACUGCAGAGUCAGAAGAGGGUGUCUGUGCGGCUGGUCGACUGCAGGAAGACACCGGGGCAGAGUAGCCAUAUAAUACACAAGACAACACAGACGGGAGAGAAACCCCACAGCUGGUCUAAUGCUGAACAACACAAAACCCUCUCAGGAGACAGGCCUGGCUCCCAUAUCUGUGAUCACUGUGGGAAUAAUUUUACCACAGCAAGAAGUCUACAACUACACCUACAGAACCUGAAGAGAUUCAGUGAUACCGUCACUGCAGAGAAACCACACGUGUGCUCUGAAUGCGGAAAGGGAUUCUCUCAGGCCUACAGUCUUAAGAUACAUUGGAGAACUCACACUGGGGAGAAACCGUACAUUUGUUAUCAGUGUGGGAAGGGUUUCACUGAAUCUGGAACCUUAAAGAGACACAUCAGAACUCACACGGGAGAGAAACCUUUCCAUUGCCCUCGUUGUGGGAAGGACUUUAUUGAAUCUGGAGGCUUGAAGAAACACAUCAAAAGAGCUCACCCAGGAGAGGAGGUCGUUGUCCCUCAGAAGAGCAUCCAUACAGGAGAGAAACCUUACCAUUUCUUCUCUGACGACUGUGGGAUGAGCUUUGCUACCUCACGCGAACAGAGACUACAACAGAGAAAACACACAAGAGAGAAGCUUCGCAGCACGCCUAACGCUAAGCAACGCAAGGAACCCCUCUCAGGAGAUGGCUCCCAUAUCUGUGAUCACUGUGGGAAGAAUUUUACCACAGCAAGAAGUCUAAAACUACACCUACAGUACCUGAAGAGAUACAGAGAUAACUUGACUGGAGAGAAACCACACGUGUGCUCUACAUGCAGAAAGGGAUUCAGUGAGGCCGGCAGUCUUAAGAGACACCUGAGAACUCACACUGGGGAGAAACCGUACGUCUGCAUCAUUGUGGGAAGGACUACAAUGAUUCUGGAAACUUACAGAAACACAUCAGAACCCACACAGUUCUCUACCAAGGCUCUUCUGAAGGAUCACAUUCAGAAGACCCACAACAGCCGUGUCCACUGCCCACAGUGCGACAAGACCUUCUCCACUAAACGUAAUUUACUAGUCCACCAGAGGAAGCACACUGGAGAGAGGCCUUACCUUUGCCCUCAGUGUGGGAAGAGUUUCUCCCUGACAGGGAGUUUAAAACUUCAUCUCCGGAUUCAUGCGGGUGAGAAACCUUACUGCUGUACUUACUGUGACAAGAGCUUCACAAGUAAGAGCCACUGCACUCUUCACCUGCGAAUCCACACUGGAGAGAAACCGUACCAAUGCCCUGACUGCGGGAGGAGGUUUCGUGAUGGGAAUGUCUUGAAAAACCACCGGCGGACCCACACAGGAGAGAAACCGUUCCAGUGCCGCUUGUGUGAUAAAGCCUUCGCUCAGUUGAGCAGUCUGAAGAAACAUCAGGAGACACACAG